AUACAUCCGGCCAUUGUGGGCGGGAAUAGUAUAUUCUCUCAAAAGGCAAGGAGGCGUUGCAGGCCUGGGUUCAGUCCUCUGAAAAUGUCGUUGCGCUCCCAAGUCCCCAUGGCAUUUGAGAGAGCGAGACACGACCUGUGAGGGGAAGCCUAUGCUUAGCCCUGGCGUUUACACAUUUUGGAGGCAGCUGAUUCUGGAAUAAUUUCCGUUAUUCCCCAUCGCUCUUGGCGACAGAUCCUCUUGGGCAGAGUGAAACUUAAUGGAGAUAUAGAAUAUGAUGGCAGAUGUGGGAUCCAAGAAGUGCUAUUAAAACAAAUAUAAAAAUAAGUAUAUAUUAAAGUGUCAUGAGGAAAUUUGCAUAUUGCAAGGUGGUCCUGGCCACUUCAUUGGUUUGGGUCCUUUUGGAUAUGUUUAUGUUACUUUACUUCAGUGAAUGCAAUAAAUGUGAUGAAAAAAAAGAGCGGGGACUUCCACCAGGAGAUGUUCCAGAAUCAGUGCAAAAACCUCAUGAAGGUCCAGGAGAAAUGGGGAAACCUGUUGCCAUUGCUAAGGAAGACCAAGAGAAAAUGAAGGAAAUGUUUAAAAUCAACCAGUUUAAUUUAAUGGCCAGUGAAAUUAUUGCACUCAACAGAUCUUUACCUGAUGUUAGGCUGGAAGGCUGUAAGACAAAAAUGUAUCCUGAUAAUCUUCCUACAACAAGUGUUGUAAUUGUUUUUCAUAAUGAAGCUUGGAGUACUCUCUUGAGAACUGUUCAUAGUGUAAUAAACAGAUCACCAAGAUAUAUGCUGGAAGAAAUUAUCCUGGUAGAUGAUGCUAGUGAAAGAGACUUCUUGAAGAGACCAUUGGAGAACUAUGUGAAAAAAUUACGAAUACCAGUGUAUGUGAUUCGAAUGGAGCAGCGUUCUGGACUCAUCAGAGCCAGAUUGAAAGGAGCUGCUGCCUCUAAAGGCCAAGUCAUUACCUUUUUAGAUGCUCAUUGUGAAUGCACUGUAGGUUGGCUUGAGCCUUUGUUAGCACGGAUUAAAGCUAAUAGGAAAACUGUAGUUUGUCCUAUCAUUGAUGUAAUCAGUGAUGACACAUUUGAAUACAUGGCAGGCUCUGAUAUGACUUAUGGAGGAUUCAACUGGAAGUUAAAUUUCCGAUGGUAUCCUGUUCCUCAGAGAGAAAUGGAUAGAAGGAAAGGUGAUCGGACUCUUCCAGUUAGGACACCUACAAUGGCAGGAGGCCUCUUUUCCAUAGACAGAGAUUAUUUUCAAGAAAUUGGAACAUAUGAUGCUGGAAUGGAUAUAUGGGGAGGAGAAAACCUAGAGAUUUCAUUCAGAAUUUGGCAAUGUGGAGGAACUUUGGAAAUAGUGACAUGUUCACAUGUGGGACAUGUUUUUCGAAAAGCCACUCCUUACACUUUUCCAGGAGGCACUGGACAGAUUAUUAAUAAAAAUAAUAGGCGGCUUGCAGAAGUUUGGAUGGAUGAAUUCAAAAAAUUUUUUUACAUAAUUUCUCCAGGGGUUACAAAGGUGGAUUAUGGAGACAUUUCUUCACGACUUGGACUAAGACAGAAGCUACAGUGCAAACCUUUUUCCUGGUAUUUAGAGAAUGUUUAUCCUGAUUCCCAAAUACCACGACACUAUUUCUCUUUGGGAGAGAUAAGAAAUGCAGAAACAAAUCAGUGUCUAGAUAAUAUGGCACGAAAAGAAAAUGAAAAAGUUGGAAUUUUUAAUUGCCAUGGAAUGGGUGGUAAUCAGGUUUUCUCAUACACAGCUAACAAGGAGAUCCGAACAGAUGAUUUGUGCUUAGAUGUCUCCAAACUUCAUGGUCCAGUCACAAUGCUCAAAUGCCAUCACUUAAAAGGCAAUCAGCUUUGGGAGUAUGAUCCAGUGAACCACCUUGCUGUAGCUGGAACAACUCCGUGAUAGGACCUCUGCUUCUGACGUUCGGUUGUUGCAGGACAUUAAGAAGCUGAUGGCGGCUACCCAGUUCUCAGCAGACGCCACAUUGGAUGCAGUUAAGUACUCUUCUAGGGCUCUGUCCUCCUCCGUGGCAUCCAGCUGUCUCCUGUGACUUCGCAAUUGGCAGGCUGAGACCAGAGCGAAAUGGCAUCUGGCAGCGGUAGAAUAUGCAGGAGACAAGCUGUUCGACGCUUCCCUUGACCCUAUUCUAGUAGAGGACAAAAAUAAGCGCAAGGUCUUCCCCUCCACAACCAAGCACUCAGAUCAGCGUCCUGUACCUUAUCCCAGGAGGUCCUCCUAUCGGCUCCUUGAUCAGGACUUCCAGUAGCUGAGGUAUUCUGCUCCCAAAUACCCCAGGCAGGGAGAUCGGCAAUACUCUAGGGACAAGUACAGGUACCAGCAGCCCAGUAAGCGUUCCUUUUGAGGAGGGGGUGGCCAUCCCUACCGCAGAAACAAGUGAUUCGGGCUCGGAUCACCCAAUUGGCAGCCACCUUACCUUGUUUGCGGGUCGCUGGAACCGCAUCAUCACUGAUGCUUGGGUCCUUCAUACCGUUAGGUUUGGGUUAAAGUUAGAGUUCUGUUCUCAUCCCCGAAUAGAUUCCGUCUCUCAGCUUCCUCUAGGAACCCGAUCAAGAACAAUCUCAUGUGCAGGGCCAUCCGGCAUCUGCUGGAUAUCAAAACAGUGGAGCUGGUUCCAGCAGGAGAGAUAUGGUUGGGAUUUUAUUCCAACCUGUUUGUUGUUCCCAAGAGUUCAGGUGGAUGGAGGGUGAUUUUAGACCUGAAGCUGUUAAAUUCUAGACUGGUCUAUCACAAGUUUAAAAUGGCAUUCCUCAAAUCCAUCCUAGAGGGGAUUAGGCAGGGGGAUUUUCUGGCAUCCAUUGACCUCACAGAGGCAUACCUCCAUAUCAUGAUUUCCUCAGAUUACCGGAGGUUUCUCAGGUUUUCAUAUAGAGGGGUCUACGAUCAAAACAGGGCCCUUUCUUUUGGUUUGGUGUCAGCCCAUAGGACCUUUACCAAGGUACUGGCUGUUGCAGCCGGACAUCUCUGUUCCAUGCCGGUCAGAUUGCAGUGCUACCUUUGUUUAUUAUUAUUUUUUAUUUCAGCUUUUCCCCAAAAAAGAAUUAUUUAGAAAUUCAAAUGUGGCUUUCAACAAUGGAAGCAUUGACACAUUCAAAUAUUAGUAGUAUGAAAAAUAUUAUUAGAUACAAAGACAUCUUAGCAGUGCUACCUUGAUGACAUCCUGGUACAAGCUUCGACUGCAGACAGGGCAAGGGGAGAUCUGGGUUGCACAAUUAACACCUUGCAGACCCUGGGGUUCUCAAUCAACCUCGAGAAAAGUCAUCUGGUUCCCACCACUAGAAUCCAACAUUUGGGAGCUAUUAUCGACAAGGUGGAGUGUGAGGUGUUCUUCUCCCAGGAGCGUAGGGACAGUAUUGUGGGGUUGAUUAAAGAGAUUUGCAAGGCACAUUCUGUUCCCAUAGUUCUUCUCUCUCGGCUCUUGGGCAAGUUCAUCUCAUGCAUCUUGAUAGUGCCAUGGGCACACCUCCACACCAGGGAAUUGCAGUGGUUGGUGCUUCCACACUAGAGGGACAGGACAAGCGACGCCCUCUUCAAGAUCCUUGUGCCACCUCAGGUAUUCCUGUCAUUCUGUUGGUGGAUGUACCCGGCACCGGCCAAGGGCUCCCUGUAGGGAGCCAGACAGGUUGGUCCUGAUGACAGACGCAAGUCUUUUCAGUUGGGGGGGCCCACCUGGAAGCCCAGUUAGCUCAGGGUCGGUGGACUCCCUCAGAUCUACAAAAGAACAUAAACUGGCUGGAGCUCAGAGCAGUAUACCUGGCACUUCGCCACUUCAAGGGACAGUCAGAGGUCAACAUGUCCUGGUCCUGACGGACAAUGUUGCUGCCAAGGUCCAUGUAAACAAGCAAGGGGGCACUCACUCGUUGGCGCUGCGAGACAAAGCAGUACGGCUGGGAAACUGGGCAGAGCAGAAUCUUCUGUCAAUUCAAGCAGGGUGGAAAACCAGCAGGCAGAUUGGCUCAUGAGGGAGACAGUAGACCACAAGGAAUGGCAACUUUAUCCCAUCGUUUUUGAGCAGAUUUGUCAGAAGUUCGGUCGGCCAACAGUGGACCUCUUCACCACCCUGUCGAACGCCCAGGUCCGGGACUUCAUCUCUCGAUUCCCGACUCGAGGACCAGUGGAUGUCGACGCCCUGUAUUGCAGAUGGCUGGUGGACCACCACUACGCUUUCCCCCCUCUCUCCCUCCUUCCCGGGGUUCUGAGGAAGUUAGUGCUAGAGAGGGCGGAAGUGAUUCUGGUAGCGCCCUAUUGGCCCCAGCGACUCUGGUUCACAGACCUGGUGGGGCUAUCAGUGCUUCUCCACUGGAGGAUUCCACAGGGGUAAGUGGCUCUGCACCAGGGGAGCCUGGUCCAUCCGGAGCCAGAGUGGCUUCAGUUGAACGUUUGGCGCUUGAACGGGAGCAACUGAGAGCGGCCCAUUUUUCAACCAGAGUGAUCAAGACCAUUGAGGCUUCCAGGAGGCAAUCAACCACACACAUUUAUGAUGCGACCUCGGCCUCCUUUGUGGCCUGGUGUCGGUCCACACAGUGGAUCCAGCGUCAGCUUCGGUACCACAGGUACUGGAGUUUCUCCAGGAUGGCCUGGAGAAAGGCCUAACCCACAAUACCUCAGAGACAGGUUUCGGCCCUGGCCACAGCCCUUGGAGGGGUGGGUUCUCGAUCCUUAGCACACCACCCAGUCAUUAAGCUGUUUCUCAGAGGGGCAGCUAAUCUCAGGACCCCUGUGGUACACCGGUUCCCCACAUGGGACCUUCACACAGUACUUCAGGCAUGAUGGAUGCUCUCUUUGAGCCUUUGAGAACAAUGAAUCUUCAGUUCAUAACCCUUAAGUUUGUAUUUCUGGUGGCGAUUACCUCCGCCAGACGUAUUUCCAAACUCAACGCACUGUCUUCCAGGGCAAAUCUGUACACAUUUUAUGACAAAAGAAUCGUCCUCGAGCUUGACCCAUCCUACUUGCCCAAGGUUAACACUCUUUUCCAUAGGGGACAGGGAACGGUCCUGGCAUUGCCUGGAUAUGUGGAGGGCACUGCCUAUCUACCUGAAAUGCAUUUCUCCACUCAGGAGGUCGGAGGCUCCUUUCAGCCCUCUACCCUUCGUUUCCUUUCAGCCCUCUACCCUAGGAGCAAAGGUAUCACCUGCUACCAUAGGCAAAUGGAUUCGGCUGGCCAUCACUUGGGUAUAUGAGGCAUGCAGGCUACUGAUGCCGGCUGCAUCAUGGCACACUUCACCAGGAGUGCGGCCACGUCUGCAGCCUGGUCUACUCAGGCGCCCAUCGGGGAUAUCUGUAGGGCUGCCAUCUGGGCUACGCCCUCGCCUUUCAUCAGGCAUUACAGGCUGGAUGCUUAUGCUUCCGCUGAGGCCUCUUUUGGUAGGAGGAUACUUCAGAGAGUGCUAGACACUUGGGGGGCUCAGGCCAAAUGAUUCCCUCCCAUGGACAGCUAGCUUUGGUAUGUCCCAUCAGUGAUUUCUCCCACAGGUCACUUUGGAGAAUGUCAGUUAGUCUUACCUGAACUGCAUUUCUCAAAGGUCCUGUGGGAUGAGUCACUUCCCACCGGUGUAAUGCACUGGCUAGCGCAGAGGGUCCUGAACUUGGUUAGUGGCUUUGGUCAGUCAGGGACUGUGGGGUUUGGUGUUGUCUUCCCUAUCCCCUUCCUUCCCAUGUCCUGAUUUUGGACUUUGACCUUCGAUUAAUCUGGAGAGCCAGGAAGAGGAAGUAGAGAGGAGUGGCCUCAAAUUUAACCUCAGUCUCUGGGCAGAUUGGAUGUGAGAAUACCCAUCAAUGACUCAUCUCACAGGACCUUUGAGAAAUGCAGUUCAGAAAUUAAUCCUGUUGCAUGUGAACAGUAACCAAUGUCUGGAUAAAGCUACUGAAGAAGACAGCCAAGUGCCCAGUAU